CGCAAGGAGCCCGGCAUGUUCUGCGGGGAGAGCGAACAACCCCAGACUUUCAUGUCUGAGACGUCGUUCGUCAAGGUGGUGUUCCACGUCGAGAAUUUCACGGACCAGACCUACUUCAGCUUCGACACGAGGGCGGAGCAGCAGCUCGUUGUCUACCUGCGCUACGGCCAACACCCCGAGCUCUAUCCCAACAGAAGGGGUGAGGUGGUCCAGGGGUCAUACUGCGAGCGAAUAUUUAGGGAUUGUCGUCUCCAAACUUGUUACGUUCAAUCUCCGGCUUAUCCGGGUGUGUACCCAAGAAAUUUGCAUUGUAGAUACUACCUGAACACAAGACUGCCUUUUAUCAAGCUUUACAUAGAGAACGAGGAAUUCAACAUCGAUGGACAGCGGUGCGAGAACAUCAUGACCUGUCCCAUGAGGCCCAUCUCGUCAGGUCAAGAAAAUUGUCCUUUUGACUACAUCAAGAUCUACGAUGGAAAAAAUGAAUUUAGUUCCGUUAUAGGGACCUUCUGUGGGAUGGGAAAGUUUCCCUAUUCCAUCAUAGGUACGUCGCAGGACCUGUUUGUGGAGUUUGUGUCAUCACCUGCAGGGCCCCUGCUGAACACGGGAUUCCACUUUAACGUGGGCAACUGGCCGGGUCACGUGGACACGGCGGGUAGCAGGAACGGCACCUGCGACUGGCUGCUGUCCUCAGAGAGUCUGAGGGCAUCGGGGGACUCGGAGGGCAUCUUCUUGUCCGUGGCGCAUUGGUACCCGCCGCACACCAGUUGUACAUAUCUUAUGCAGGGCGAAGAGGGAGAGAUCGUCAGGCUGUAUUUCCCCAGUUUCAGGAUAAACAGGAUAGAGUCCCCGAUCCAACCCAUAGAGGGAGACUGCGGCGAGUCCCUCACCUUGUAUGACGCGUCCUGGCCGGAUGACUCGAAAAUUAUCAAAACUUUCUGUGAUACCUUUUCCAAAGCCAUGGAGAAACAUGAUUUUGUGUCGACUGGAAAUGCUCUUUUCGUCAGGUUUGAGAGCAAAACUGGGAGCUACAGUGGGUCGUCGCUGUAUUACUGGGCCCACUACGACUUCUUCAACAACACGAAACUGGGCGAGCCAGUGCCUGGGAAGCAAUGCGAUGAGGUCUUUGCCUCCUGGAGGCAGACGAGGGGGUGGCUGAGAUCACCACUGAACACUUUGGUUUACAAACAGACUCAGUCCAGCGAAGACGUAACGUGUCUUUACAGAUUCGUCACUGACAGAAGACUUUUUGCUAGGGUCAUCCUGACGGUAACCAGCGUAUAUUUUAAGGAACACCCCUACAACCCGGGACCAUGCACCAACUGCCUGGAAGACCGCGUCGACAAGCUAGUCGUCUGGGAGCCGCUUCCCGCGGGGGCCAACUCCUCCCACCCUCCCAUAUCCCUCAAUAAAGCCGCCCAAAGCGGGGAAGUCACCUGCAUCUGCAACCGACAAUCAUUCUCCACCCAAGUCAUAUCGAAAGGGGAACAGCUGAACCUCCAAUUAAUAGUAGACAGCGCUCACAGCGCGCUCAGCUACUUCAAGCACACGGCCUCCCUGUUCGAGGCCACCUACGAGUUCGUGCACGGGCCCCUGUGCGGGCCCCCCAUCGUCCAGCCCACCACCGACGGGGAGAUCCACUACCCCUACUACGAGGCCAUCGGGUACGUGGAGCCGCCGAAGUCGAUAAGGUGUAUCUGGGAGAUCAAAGUGAACAGGGACAAGGAUCUCUGGUUGCACUUUGACAGGAUAAAGUUCUCGUCGAAGGCAUGCGACGACGGCAUAGUUGAUAUCUUUCUUAAGGGCAGGCUGGACCCUUACCUGUCCCUCUGCGGGGAGAACGUCUCGCUGGCCAAGGAGCUGCCCAUACUGUCGUCGGCCGAGCUGAGUCCGGACGCCAGUGAUCCCAGCAUCACGAUACAGUUUAUAGGUAGGACGUCGCCCACUAGGGCCGCGUUCAAAAUUGCGUGGACGGAGCUGUUCCAUCUGCCGAGAAACGUGGAUGGAACUCUGAUGUCGUCAAAGUUGAUCGAGGGAGGCAAUCCCGAAGAUCACCUCGGUGACGGCUGCGACUUUACUUGUCCUGGCGAGCAAGGACUCUGCAUACCCCAAAGACUGGUUUGCAACGGGGUGAUCAACUGUCCGAACGUAUCGGACUACAAGGGGACGACAUCUAGCGACGAAUCAGCGGAUGUGUGCGUGAGGGAGACCGAGCCAACCGUCAACUGGAUAUACGUGGGACUGGCGUCCGUGUCGGUGCUGAUGUUGUUGUGCUCCUUCUGCGUCUGCAUAUGCAGGAGAUGCUGCAGAUACUAUGGUAGUGAUGAUUAAAUCAACCUUGUUCAAUUCCGAGAGCCUUAAUACAAUGAACUAUUUAUAUUAUCCUUAAUUGUAGUCGUUUUUAGAACGCCAGUGAUACGAUGGGAAACAAGACGAAAUUUGGUAUCUGUUUGUACUGUCUGCAAAAUAACAUUUAAAUUGAUAUUAUUAUUAUUUUCUUAUCGUCAGAAUUAUAUUGCGCCUAAAUAUAUGUUAUACCUAAAUUAAAUUAUAAACAAUUUAUUUUCAGAAUUACUGCGUAAAGUAUUUAUUUAUUUUAUUAUUUACAAACCAUUCAAAUUAAAGUAUCAGGAUGAUUAUAGAAAAAAAACCAUCUUGAAAAAAUUUGCUUAUUUUUAUGAUAAGGUUGCUAUGCCAUAGAAAAUUUCAAGUCGGGAAAGGAAAAAUCUGGAAAUUAUAUGAGAUUAAACUGUUUUUAUUACACAAAAAAAUGCAAGUGGUACUAAAAAAGUGGUUUAGAAUAAGAAUUGUCAGAUUUUUUGAAUUUGCAGAUAAACCGCUGGUCUUCGAUUAUUUAAAAAAUCUUUGGGUAAAUUGAGUAAUGGCGAAAAUUACCUCAUUUUGUCGUCGAGUUUUUUUUGACAGUUUUUAAAUAAGGUUUUUUAAGGUUUUUUAAUUGUCGUUUUACCUGACGAUUUGUUUCUUAUUUAUUUAGAACAAUCGAAAUAGGCUGAUUUCUGAUCUAACUUUUAAUUUUAAAGAAAUUUCCGGCUUGUCUCUUUAAGCCCAAAAGUGAAAAUUUCAAAUUGAUGACUUUCUUAAUUUUAAUUUUUAUAAUAAUUCAUGGGACUCACACCGAUUUUUAGAAGAUGAUUUCUAGGCCAGCAAAGAAAACUUUCGUGAUGAAAAAGUGCUGGUCGGAAUUUGCGAAAUAAUUAAAUCGACUAAGGGUAGCAUCCCCUGAAAUCUCGAGAAGGGUUGCACG